AUGCUCUCCGCCCUCGCUCGGCCUGCCGGCGCCGCUCUCCGCCGCAGCUUCAGCACCUCGGCCCAGAACAAUGCUAAAGUAGCUGUGCUGGGGGCUUCUGGAGGAAUUGGGCAGCCCCUUUCGCUUCUCCUGAAGAAUAGCCCUUUGGUGAGCCGCCUGACCCUCUAUGAUAUUGCUCAUACUCCUGGAGUGGCUGCAGAUUUGAGCCACAUUGAGACCAGAGCGACUGUGAAAGGCUACCUCGGACCUGAUCAGCUGCCAGACUGCCUGAAAGGUUGUGAUUUGGUGGUUAUUCCAGCUGGAGUCCCGAGAAAACCAGGUAUGACUCGGGAUGACCUGUUCAACACCAAUGCCACAAUUGUGGCAAACCUGACUGCUGCCUGUGCCAAGAAUUGCCCUGAGGCCAUGAUCUGUAUCAUUGCAAAUCCGGUUAACUCCACCAUCCCAAUCACAUCUGAAGUUUUUAAGAAGCAAGGAGUAUACAACCCUAAUAAGAUAUUUGGGGUGACAACACUGGACGUUGUCAGAGCCAAUGCUUUUGUUGCAGAACUGAAGGGUUUGGAUCCAGCUCGAGUUAACGUUCCUGUCAUUGGCGGCCAUGCUGGGAAGACCAUCAUCCCCCUGAUCUCUCAGUGCACACCCAAGGUGGAAUUCCCCCAGGACCAGCUGACAACCCUCACUGGACGGAUCCAGGAGGCUGGCACGGAGGUGGUCAAGGCUAAAGCUGGAGCAGGCUCUGCCACCCUGUCCAUGGCAUAUGCUGGAGCCCGGUUUGUCUUUUCCCUUUUGGAUGCAAUGAACGGAAAGGAAGGAGUUGUCGAAUGUUCUUUUGUUAAGUCCCAAGAAACGGACUGUACCUAUUUCUCCACACCAUUGCUGCUGGGGAAAAAAGGCAUUGAGAAGAAUCUGGGCAUCGGCAAAAUCUCCUCUUUCGAAGAGAAGAUGAUAGCUGAGGCCAUUCCUGAGCUGAAAGCCUCAAUCAAGAAAGGAGAAGACUUUGUAAAGAACAUGAAAUGA